AAGGUGUUUGACUUACGUUACUAGUAUCAUAUCAAGUUGAGUAGAGAUUUGGAUGAUUCUGCAUAACCCACAUACAAUGAUAGGUCUCCAUACAGUGGAAGUAACUGGUCAUGCAACAUGGCUUUGUACAUUUUUCCUCGUCAUAGGUCUAAUUGAUCUUCGGAAAUAAUGGAACACAGACAUCUCCAUGGAGCUCAUGACUACAUUGUGUAGCACACAGUGAUUGGGUUCUAACGCAGCACAACAACUAGAUCAACAAACAUGUGUUCCUGCCAUCCGGUGGCAAAACGUCACCACAUGGAAGACGACGAACAUGAGACCGCAGAAGAGAAACAACGUCGUCUAGAAAAGCAGUACUUCCAGCAAGCAUCCUUCCUUACCCACAUGAACAACCUUCGCAAGGAGGGCAUCCUUUGUGAUGUCGUCUUUGAAGUAGAGGGGAAAGAAAUCAGCGCUCAUCGCGUUGUCAUCGCGACUUCCAGUCCUUUCUUUCAAGCCAUGUUCACCUCGAAAAUGUCAGAAGAAAAAUCCAAAAAGGUCAAAUUGCAGGAAGUUGAGGCGGAAACGAUCGAGGCUUUGGUUGAGUUUGCCUACACUGCUUGUAUCAAGAUAACAGACAAAAACGUCCAGUCCCUUCUGUCUGCUUCUAACCGCUACCAGAUCGAGACGGUGAAGAAUGUAUGCUGCAACUACCUUAAGGAAAAUAUGACCCCUUCGAAUUGUCUUGGUAUUCAACAGUUUGCCGAUUAUCUGAACUGUAAGGACCUGAGUGAGCAGGCAAAACAGUACUGUCAUGAGAACUUCACGGAAGUGAUUCGGGAGGAGGAGUUCGCACUGUUAGAGCUGCCAGUGUUGAAGGAAAUACUGGCCAGCAAUGAGUUGACUGUCAAGAGUGAGAAUGUUGUGUAUGAUGCAGCUAUCACCUGGCUGAAGCAUAAGCCUCGUACAGAGCACACGGUGGAGAUCAUGUCCCUUAUCCGCUUCAACCUCAUCACGCGCUCGUACCUCAGCACCACGGUCGAGUCCGAACCCCUCCUCCAGGACAAGCCUGAGUGUCUCAAGAUGAUCAUGUCUGGAAUGAAGUACCACCUGCUGGAUGAGGAGGAGCGUGCAGAGAUGAAGGAACAGACGACCCUCCGUAAGAAAAAGCACGACUUCCAGAUCGCCAUGUUUGGUGGAUCGGAAAAGUCCUGCUGCCAGGUAUUUGACCAUAAGACCCACCAGUGGACAGACUUACCCACCAUGCCAGAGAAGCGCAGAGACAGCCGUGCGGUUCUUGUUGAUAAGAAGGUGUACAUCAUCGGAGGAUCUUACCUGUUCCCUGUGAAGAGAAUGGACGGUUACAACGUGGCUACAGGGAAGUGGUACACUACACAGGCUUCCCUGGACAUAGCGCGGGAUAGUCCUGCCGUAUGCCAGCUCAACGGGAAGGUUUAUAUCAGCGGAGGGACAGCGAAUCAUGGGAUGUCAGGCAUGGAUCUAGUGGAGGAGUUGGACCCCGUCACAGAGAGGAUAAAGAGGAUUGAAAAGAUGAGCUUCGGCCGCUAUGAGCAUGGGAUGGUCUCGCUGCGGGGCUACCUCUGGGUGAUAGGUGGCGCUUCUGGCAAUUCCAGCAACCCUCAGAUCCUCAGAAGCUGUGAAAAAUGCAACCCAAAGUGGACCAAAAGGUGGAUAGAGGUGGCUUCCAUGCACCAAGCGAGGAAGGGUCAUGCCGUCGUGGUGUUCAAUGACAGCAUAUAUGCCAUAGGGGGGCUGUCAACUGACAAUGCUGUAUUGGACACCUGCGAAGUCUUCUCACCUACAAAUGGCACAUGGAGCCAGUGUGCUCCCAUGCCGUGGAAACUGCGCACCGUCCACGCCGCGGCCUUGGGUGAUUCCAUUUGGGUGGUAGGGGGGUACAGGGACAUGGGUCGCCUCAGCAAUGUGUUUGAGUACAUCCCUGCUGAGGAUCGUUGGCUCUUCCACUACAAUACCAAGGCAUUCCCCAUUGCUAAUGCAGCCAUGUGUAAGAUAGACACAUGUGCUGUGGAGGACUAGGCAUUAACUAGAUCGUCAGUAUCAAGUGUGUUAUGUGAGAUUUUAACCAAACUGUUUGAUAGAUCACAAACCUAUAGUAUCAACAUAUUUGUAUCUCCUAAUUUUGGGCAUUUUCUUUUAUAAACCUUUUUUAUUUAUAUUCGACGUGUUCUAAAGGUUUAGCCUGUGUGCUAUAUAUUGUGCACUAGAGGUUGCAGACUUUGUUAAAAGUCUGUGAAUUCUUUAUUAUUCGAAAUUAGAAUCAGAGAAUAUCUGUAUUAUUAGAAAAAAUCUAUAAAACUGUGUGAAUAUGUAUAGAGAAUCUGUAUUCUACUAGAACUAUAGCUGCAAAGCUCUAAAGGUUUUCAGUAACCCAUAGGGUUUGUUCCCUGUCCGCCUUGACUUAUGGGACACAUUCAGUUGAAGUGAAAACAAUUUGUUUAUCAGAAGACUGUACAUAAUGAAUUAAUUGAUUAAUGAAUGGAUGAUUUGAAACAUGAUUUUGAUAACUUUAUUUACGAAUUUUGAUUGAAGUAAGGUGGGUGGCAAAUUAUUGCAUAAUAGCAUAACACUGAAUUUCUUUGACUUUAUUUAAAUUGCAACAUGACAAUACAGUAUGCUGCACCAUGCUGAAUUUCCUUGAAUUACUUGAACUGAGUAAUGCUUUAAUUGUAUAUAUUCUGUUUUUGGCAAUGCCUCAGAGGUGGAGCCUUGCUGUAGGCAAUAGCCUGAAUUUAUUUCAUGUAUGAAUCUACACCCAGUAUGAUACUAGUAGUAGGAAACAGAAUACACAAUAAACCAUGCCAUACACAAAGGUACAAAAUGUACAUCAUGUUUUGACAAAAUCCACAACUUGAUGGGACAAAUUCCAAUAUUAUAUCGACAAAAUGAUUAAAUAUGAUGUCACACUGACGGAGCAUUACAGCU